AUGGCGUCUUACGAUGCGUAUUACGCCGGCCAGCGCCGCAGGCAAGAUGAACAUGUUUAUCAUGCCGACGAUAGACACUCACGAAGUCGUAGUCCACCGCCGCGUGGCUUGGAUUCCCCGAGCCCCACUCUCAUGUUGAGAAAUUUGUCCAAUUCUACUGUGGAGCGUGAUGUGGGUACAUUUCCUCUCUUAUUUUCAAAGGUUCAUCGAGCGCUUGAAAACGAGCGUGCUAGGUACACUGAAGUUCGCCUAGUAAGGGACAAGAAGAAUGGCCGCUUGAAUGCAUUUGUUGACUUCUGCAGCAUAAACGACGCCCGGCAAUUCAUGAAGGAUUGCAGGGUAGGUCUUGUGAAUGAUGCUCAAAGCUUCCAGGGUGAAAUUGAAAUUCGAAAAUCCGUCAUCAGAAUGACUUACAGCAACCCAAAAGAAAGGAGAGACGAUGAUCGGGUAGGUUCUUUUCGAACGCCAUUCACCGUCAAGUGUGAUGAGCCCUCACCAACGAUAAUGUUACGCGGUAUUCCUCCAUCCAUGGACAGUCGCGAUAUUCGGGAUGCGCUGGAUGAUAAUCGCAUAAAUUAUGUCGAUGUCAGGGUAAUCCGAGAUAAGAACACAGGUGUAACGAAGGGCUUCGGUUUUGUGGACUUUGCUACCAUUCAUGACGCGAAACGCUGGAUGGAAUUCCAAAAAGGUAUCCUGCGUGUGCGACGGCAUGAAUUACGUUUGACGUAUAGUGCUCCACGUCAAGCUGAGGAACUACCGUAUGGUUCCGGACCACCAGUACCCCCUUUGAUGGGACGUCCAGGUCCACUGUCCGAGGUAUCAACAGGCGAUUGGAUCUGCUCGAGGUGUUCUAGCCAUAACUUCAGACGUCGCGAGCAGUGUUACAAAUGUCAACUACCGCGCUCUCAGGUUCAAUCUUUGACGAAUUCCGUUGACGGUGUCGAUCUUGUUGGAACAACUCCCUGUAACACGUUGGUUCUGCGAUGUCUCGAUGCCUUGACGACUGAAGAAGACAUAUGUAAAGUCUUUGAAGAUACUGCUGAUGUGAAGGUCCGUCAGUGUCAUGUCAUGCGCGACGAGGUGACCCACACAUCACGUUGCUUCGCUUUCGCAGAACUACCGACGGUCGCGGAUGCCUAUAAAGUUAUGGACAUAGUUUCUAAAGAGUACAAGCUCUUUGAAAUAGGUGGAAAGGCGGUCACGGUUUCGUACGCCAAGAACACUUUCAACACCAUCAUGGCGACCCUGAAAACCGAAGGAUCUUACAAUGCUCAACUCAACAGUAGCCGCAAUCUGGCCCUAGAUUUGGCUCAUGCUGCCAUGGCAGCACAAAACAGCAACAUAACACCCGACGCGAUUGCGAUGAAUGCAGUCGCGGCUUCCGCACUUUUGAGCCAGGGCCCAACAAGCGGUCCAGCGGUCGCACACGCAGCUAUUCAACAGAAGCAAACGGAACAGCAUCUGAUUUCAGCCAUCGCCAAAUCAAUGCGUGCUGCACAAGAUCAUUCGCAGUCUAAUUCAUAUGGAACAUCUGUGGCUCGAAUAGUAGCUGCAGGCCAAACUUUGCCGCCACCGAGCUUACCUUUUCAUGCUGCAACCGCCGCCAUGACAGUUUUCCCUUAUCCGGACACAACUAAGUAUAUUUAUGAUGAAUCCACGCGUUUCUACUACGAUCCGGUCACUGGUUUGUUGUACGAACCCAACUCCAAGUAUUUCUACGAUCGUGUCAGCCAGCGAUAUUACUACUGGGAUCAGACCCGUAGUACUUAUUUCCCAGUCCCCCAACCUGGAUCCACUGAAACGGCUUCAAAACCGGAGACCGAAGGGACAAACAGCGACCAGAAUGCAGCCACUAAAAAUAACACUGAAGGAAAUUCCGAAGGCGGCGAACGGGUGAGACUAUCAAAAGGUAAAUCGGCGCAACAAAUCGCAAAGGAAAUGGAAAAAUGGGCCAAGCGUAUGAACGCUCAGAAGAAAAACCCGAUUGCUGUGGCGCCACGCAACGAAACAUCCAGCGCUGAAACCAGUCGGACAGCCGAUACUGGCUACGCCCUUUUUGAAGCUGCCGUUUCUGCCCCUCCUACCUCGGAAACGCGCCCUGGAUCCGAGCGCAACUCCAGCCUUGUUGCACAGUAUGGUGGAGCAGAAGACAGUGAUGAUUCAGGCCCAAAUGAUCUGCUCAUCAACAGGCAGAAAGAGCUUAGUGACGCAGAUCUCGAAGCCGAAGGAAAAGUGGCGGACGAAGAGGCCAAGCUACUGGACUGGGCAAAACUAGCCUGUUUACUUUGUUCAAGAGGCUUCAAAGAUGCAGCAACCCUUCAGAAGCACCGGGCAUUUUCGGCCCUUCACAUUGAAAACCUCAACAAGCUUAGGGCGAAACAUGGCCUACAGCCACUGCCGACACAAAAGACAGAGUCCCCCGCCGGUGCAGCCGGUGCGAAUUCAGGCAACUUGUCAAUAUCUUCGCUGAUACAGAUUGGUGCCGAUGCAGCCAACGAUCAUGCUAAGUCGGUCGCGGCCCGACAAGGGGCCCCCCAGUACCGCGAUCGCGCCAGGGAGCGUAGAGAAAAGUAUGGAAUGCCUUCUCCUCCUCGAAGAAAAUACGACCGGAGCCCGACACAUACUGUGCCAUUGCCUACUGCUGAGCCAGUACCGAUGUUGGGAGUUGCGCCGGCCUUCGCUCCACCGCAACCUACCGGAAUUGUGGAAACUCCCUUCCCGGGCAAUCAUAGCAAUGUAAUCAAACGGAUCUACUUCCUGCCACAACGAAGUUCUGGUUUCUACGAUAACUUACAAUAUCUAGGCUACUUAGCGGAACACACUCAUUUGCAAAUCAAUUUAGUUUUCACCGAAGACUCAACCGAAUCUCUCGUUUAUGAUAUUCUACAACUGAAUGUGCUGCACACAGGCCGUCUCAUUCAGUUGGCACGAUAUUCGAGAUAUUGUGAUAUUCGUAAUGCACUACUCAUAAGGCUGCACAUUCAGUUGCCUGGAAACAUCACAAACGAGAGAUCCAGCUGGGUUCCAGCUUUGUCUGCUGAAUUCAUUGUUCAACGUGCCACCCACGUGCACAUUAACUCUUUUGGGAUCGAAAAGUUGGCGAAAGAGAUACGGCUAUCUACGAAGGCCAGCAAGGUGCCGGAUUGUUUGCCUUCACAUCCCUAUUUAGUUUCUUUUUUGAAACGAGCGCAACUCCUCGUUGGUGAACUCUGGUUGUGUUUCAACGGACAGGGUGUUGGUGCUUUCGAUGAUAUUGACAAAAUCACCGCAUUCGCAGAUUACAGAGUACCACAAGUUCUGUUCUAUUAUGGUGCUGUUUCCUACUCGGACAAACUUUUGGAUGUGAUUCGUACGGGUGAACUGAUCCCUAAUGGAAGUCAGUUGGAGGUAGAAAUCCGCGGUGCAACAAUUCACGCUGUUCAGGCUCAAAUGGACACCGAAAUAGAACAGUUUUGUCACAAAUGUGAACCUUGUCAAAUGGCAGCAAAGACACCUCCCAAAUGGCCAGACCAACCAUGGCCGAAAAGCAAGAAACAUUGGGAAAGAAUUCACUUGGAUUAUGCAGGUCCAAUCAAUGGUCAGUCGUAUCUCAUUCUGGUGGAUUCAUUCAUUAAAUGGCCAGAUGUGUUCCUUUUGGGCAAUACUACGGCACAGUCAACUGUCGAUGAACUGGCUAGGGUGUUCCAAUAUUUCGGUAAUCCGGAGCUGAUUGUGACCGACAAUGGAACACAAUUCACCUCAACACACUUCAGACAGUUUUGCAAAGAAAAUGGUAUCGAGCAGAAGUUCUCACCGCCUUAUCAUCCUCAAUCCAACGGGCAGGCUGAACGAUUCGUGGAUACCUUCAAACGGGCUCUACUUAAAAAUGCACGUUUGGACGGAAAAUCAGGACUACUUAGGACAAUGUUAGGCCCAAGAGGAAGGACACCAGAAAUGCGGCAAAUAAGACAAACAGACGGACCGCGAAAAUUCCGCAUUGCUGACGUGGUUUACGCAAGAAACUUUCAAGGUCCCGAAAAGUGGUCCAGUGGUACUGUCCUGGGUAAAAAAGGGAACGUGGUCUACGAAGUCGACGUUGGACAAGACGUAUCAACCAGCUACGACCAAACCACAUGCAAACUCAAUACCGGCAAGAAGCAGAAAGUUUCCAGUGGGACAUCUUGUUUGGACGACGAACAUGUUCGACGUCUCGAACUAUCCCAGAACAUGACAGUACCGCAUAGUUUACAGCUAAGACCCAAUCGAAAACGGAAACGACCAAACUGGCUCCAAGUUAACCCGAAGAAGAAGAAAAGCUACGAUCAGAUUCAAGCAGUGCGAAAACGGUUUCAAAUUGAAAGGGGAG